GCUGCGGCUGGAAGAUGCCAUUUCGCACCGAGGGAGGCGGGCGGCGAGAAUGAGAGAUGCCGGUGAAAGAUAGGAUGGUGGCGGGCAAGUUGAGCAUGUAUAGCCCAAUCCUGGCCUGCUGGCAGCCGAUUCUCAUCUUGAUGUUGGGAUCCAUCCUCUCCGGCUCCGCCACAGGCUGCCCGCCCCGCUGCGACUGCUCUGCUCAGGAACGUUCAGUGCUGUGCCACCGGAAGCGGUUUUUGAUGGUCCCCGAGGGCAUCCCCACAGAGACGAAACUUUUGGACCUGGGGAAGAACCGCAUCAAGACACUCAACCCGGACGAGUUUGCCAAUUUUCCUCACUUGGAGGAGCUGGAGUUGAACGAGAACAUCAUCAGCGCCAUCGAGCCAGGGGCUUUCAAUAACCUCUUCAACCUCAGGACUCUGGGUCUCAGGAGCAACCGGCUCAAACUGAUCCCCAUUGGGGUGUUCACCGGACUCAGCAAUCUUACCAAGUUGGACAUUAGUGAGAACAAAAUUGUGAUUCUCCUGGAUUACAUGUUCCAGGACUUGUACAACCUCAAGUCGUUGGAGGUCGGGGACAACGACCUGGUCUACAUCUCCCACCGGGCCUUCAGCGGUCUCAACAGCUUGGAGCAGCUGACAUUGGAAAAAUGCAACUUGACCUCCAUCCCCACAGAGGCGCUCUCUCACUUGCACAGCCUGAUCGUGCUGCAGCUGCGCCACCUGAACAUCAACGCCAUCAGGGAUUACUCGUUUAAGAGGCUGUACAGACUCAAAGUCCUGGAGAUCUCACACUGGCCGUAUCUAGACACCAUGACAUCCAAUUGCCUGUACGGGCUCAACUUGACGUCCUUGUCCAUCACCCACUGCAACCUGACUUCCAUCCCUUACGUCUCCUUGAGGCAUCUGGUCUAUCUCAGGUUCCUGAACCUGUCCUACAACCCCAUCACCACGAUCGAAGGCUCCAUGCUUCACGACCUACUCAGGCUUCAGGAGAUACAGCUGGUCGGCGGCCAGCUGGGCAUAGUGGAACCGUACGCUUUCCGGGGACUCAACUAUUUGCGCAUCUUGAACGUUUCAGGGAACCUUCUGAACACCUUGGAAGAGUCGGCCUUCCACUCGGUUGGGAACCUGGAAACGCUCAUCAUCGAUAACAACCCCUUGGCUUGCGACUGCCGGCUCCUUUGGAUUUUCCGACGGCGCUGGAGGCUGAAUUUCAACAAGCGGCAGCCCACCUGCGCCACCCCCGAGUUUGUCCAAGGGAAAGAGUUCAAGGAUUUUUCCGAGGCCCUCCUACCCAACUACUUCAUCUGCCGCCGAUCCCGGAUACGGGACCGCAAACCCCAGCAGAUCUUUGUGGACGAAGGUCACACGGUGCAGUUCGUCUGCCGCGCCGACGGGGACCCGCCUCCCGCCAUCAUGUGGCUGUCUCCGAGGAAGCACCUCAUCUCUACCAAAACCAACGGGCGGCUCACCGUCUUCCCCGAUGGCACACUGGAGGUGCGCUAUGCCCAGAUCCAGGACAAUGGCACCUACCUAUGCAUUGCCAGCAAUGCUGGUGGCAACGACACCAUGCUGGCGCACUUGCACGUCCGCAGCUACUCCCCAGACUGGCCCCACCAGCCCAACAAGACCUUUGCGUUCAUCUCCAACCAGCCCAACGAGAGUGACGCUAACAGCACGCGUGCCACCGUGCCUUUCCCCUUUGACAUCAAGACCCUCAUUAUCGCCACCACGAUGGGCUUCAUCUCCUUCCUGGGAGUCGUGCUCUUCUGCCUGGUGCUCCUCUUCCUCUGGAGCCGGGGCAAAGGCAACACCAAGCACAACAUUGAGAUCGAGUACGUCCCGCGCAAAUCCGAUGCGGGCAUCAGUUCCGCAGCUGAUGCGCCGCGCAAGUUCAACAUGAAAAUGAUCUGACUAAAAAAGAGCAAUCGUUAAAACUCGAUAAG